AUGGAAAAUAAGCUAAAAUUCUGGUUUUUCAUUAUGGGACUAUCACAAUUAGUCUCUGCUGAACCAAAAUUUCCUUGCUACUUCAUUUUUGGUGACUCACUAAUGGAUAAUGGAAAUAAUAAUAAUUUGAAUACCAGUGCAAAAGUCAAUUAUUUGCCUUAUGGAAUUGAUUUUCCACAAGGGCCAACUGGGAGAUUCACCAAUGGCAAGAAUAUAGCAGAUUUGAUUGGUGAACUUUUGGGGUUUGAAAAUUAUAUUCCACCCUAUGCAACUGCAAGAAACCAGGAUGUGUUCAAAGGUGUCAACUAUGGAUCUGGUGCUGCUGGAAUUCUUGAUGAAACUGGACAUCAAAUGGGUGCUGUGAUCAGCUUGAACAAGCAAUUAGUAAAUCACAGAGUCAUCAUGUCAAGGAUAGCUGCCUUACUUGGAGGUGAAAAGUUUGCAAAAGAGUAUCUAAGCAAGUGCAUAUAUACAGUUGCAAUGGGCAGUAACGAUUACCUAAACAAUUACUACUUGCCACAAUUCUACUCUUCAAGCGGCCAAUAUACGCCAGAGGAGUUUGCUGUGAUUCUUAUGAGAGAGUACUCUAGACAGCUAAGAGAGUUGUAUAAAUAUGGAGCAAGAAAAGUAGCUGUAUAUGCUCUUGGCCAAUUAGGCUGUUGUCCAGCAGAGGUAGCUUUGCAUGGCUCGAAUGACUCGUUGUGCGUGGAACCAAUCAAUAACGCAGCCAAAAUCUUCAACAGCGAACUGAAGCAACUUCUUGAUCAUCUCAACCGUCGUUUCGCAGAUGCAAAUUUCAUAUACACAAACACUGCUACUGAUUCAUAUGGAAACAUCACAGUUUUGAGCACUCCAUGUUGUGCUUUAUCAGAUACUGGACACUGUCUUCCCGAAGGUGUUACAUGCAAUAACAGAGACAACUACAUGUUUUGGGAUGGAUUCCAUCCUACGGAGGCUGCUAAUUUGCUUUCUGCAGAAAAGGCGUACACUGAAAUGUCUCCACUGUUCACUAAUCUUAUUGGUGUCGAAUAA